CAAGGAAUAUAAUCAAGAAAGUUAUUGUGUUUAAUUAAUUCUGCAGAGAUGGCAAUAUCAUCAAUGGCAUUGGCAACCACAAGCUUCUUGUUGCGGAUCUUCAGCUUGUUAUUCUUGGCUGCAUCUGUUGCUGUUAUGGCCGCCAAUAAUGUGACGGAUUUUGGAUUUUUUUAUGACUUUGAUGGAACUAGAGAUCAGUUUACCGAUCACAUUACUUACAGGUAUGUGGUUGCAAUUGCGAGUAUCGCGUCCUUGUACACACUGAUUCAGAUACCCUUUGGUGUGUACCAUCUCUGCAAUGGGAAGAGGUGGAUUCGAAAUGGCUGUCUUCCCAUUUUCGACUAUUACUGCGACAUGCUGAUGAGCUUCCUCUUGGCAACUGCAACUGGUGCUGGAUUUGCAAUGACUUACGAGCUAAGGACAUACGCUGGUUACCCGCCUGAAGGAUUUGGUCGAACAAAGAAGUAUCUCGAUAUAGUCUAUGUUUCAGUUUCUCUUCUCUUUCUGGGAUCCAUUUGCACUGCGGUUCUCUCAGUAAUCUCGUCUUACUUCAGAAAAUUCAAGAAAAACAUCCGAGGCCGUUAUUCUAACACCAGUUUGCUUAAAAUGGCAUCAUUAUCAAACGCGAAAACAAGCUUGGUGUUGAGAAUACUCACUUUGUUACUCUUACUUGCUUCUGUUAUACUUCUAGCCACCUGCACUAUUCCGGAUUUUAAUCAUGAUUUUAAUGAUCGUUUUAAUGUUCUCUUGACUUACAGGUAUGUGUUUUCUAUCGAUAUUCUUGGGGGCUUGUAUUCAUUGAUUCAGAUUAUUUUUGGAAUGUACUAUUUCUACACUGGGAGCAGGUGGAUUCAAAACGGCUGUCUUCCCAAUUUUGAUCUUUAUGGUGACAUGGUGAUUAACUUCCUGUUGGCAACUGCAAGCGGUGCUGGAUUUGCGGUGACUUAUGAGAUAAACAAAAAUGUUGUUAUAGACGUGGGAUUUGGUGGAAGAACGAAGUAUCCUAAUCAACUUUACGUUUCUAUUGGUCUUUUAUUCUUGGGGUCUAUUUGCAUGGCUAUUCUCUCUGUACUUUCUUCUAUCUCCAGAGAAUCUAACAGUUCUUCAGGUAAACGUAGCAGCUUCAUGACAGGUUGAGUAUGAAGUUCACAUGCCUAGCUAGCUGCUGGUUUAUCAUGUUAAUUCAAAAUAGGAGGUUUAAGAAGUUCUUUUUUUAUAAAGGAUCGAGGUUCCUUAUUGUAAUAAUUCAAUUUAAUAUUUGUAUCAGAAUUUCACUCUGAACUUUGUUUUUGCACAAGCAUCUGGGAAAUAAAUACAACCACAAUAAUGGUGUGUUUCUGCU